GGAAGCUGCAGACAGAAAAGUGUGAAGCGGCGGCGAGAGAGAGAUAGAGAGACAGGGAGGUGGAGGGUCAAACGUCGGCGGAGAAGGACGUUAGUUGUCGGGCUGUCAGUUAUCCUUCCGUCAGGGAGGUUUCCCUUGCUUUUUGUUCCUUGCCCUCCUUUCCCCCGUACGAGGUCAGAGUUUGCCGGGCUUCACUGGCCGCCGGCGCCAUUGCUGCCUGCGCAGAGCUUUGCCUAACGAACCGCUCAUCCUUUUCUCACCUCCCUCCCUCUAUAUAUCUAGGAAGCACUAAGUUCAAAUGUAGAUCGAGUGCGACGAUGAGGAUGGCGGAGGGAGAGGCGGCCGGGAGCCCGUUGGAGCGGGUGGCGAGGAUGGCCAGCGGGAACGCUGUGGUGGUGUUCAGCGUGAGCGGCUGCUGCAUGUGCUACGCGGUGAAGCGGUUGCUGCUGGGGAUGGGCGUGGGCCCCACCGUCUACGAGCUCGACGAAGACGACGACAAGGCCGGCGGCGGCGAGAUCCAGGCGGUGCUAGCCCACCUCCUCGCCGAGGGCGGGGGCGGGGUUACCGAUCAUUUCUCGUCCUCCGCCAAUGCCGCCGGGGUGCCGGCCGUGUUCGUCGGCGGGAAGUUGCUGGGCGGGGUGGAGGAAGUGAUGUCGUGCCAUAUCAAUGGCUCCCUCGUGCCUCUCCUCAAGCAAGCCGGCGCUCUCUGGCUCUGAUUUAUACCAUGCUUGUCUCUGCCUUAUGAUCUCUGUACAUAACUGAUUAAGCUUCACA